AUGGGGCUUCCCCAUGCUGUCGUCACCAAAGACAUAUCUGUCGGCUGUGAGGCAAAGAAACUUCUAGAAGCGAUCACCACUAUGAGCCCAAAGGCUGUCCUCUCUGUCACCCUGCCACUACUCUACUAUCAUGGAUCAGACAGGGACAGGAAGAGGCCAGGUCAGAACUUCCUGGUUCUUAAAGACUUAGUGGUUCCAGAAGGUGGGAGGGCUCCGUUAGAGUCAAAGCACAUCAAGGUGAACCUAGAGUUCCGGAAGCUGGGAAUCCGUCAGUCUCAGAUCAUGUUCCGUAUAGAGGAGCAGCCAAUGCACGGCCAGCUGAGGCUGGAUAUGAAUCAUUUUGACCAAGAGGAGGAGGGUUGGACCUUCAGCAUGCUGGACCUGUGGCACGGUAGAGUGAUGUACGUCCAUGGAGGUUCAGAAGACCCUCAAGACUUCACCAACAGCAAGAAGGAGAUCCCGUUUUACCUCAAGGGAAACAAGCUCCACCGCUUCAACGUCAGUGCCACGCCUGUCAAAGACGCUCCCGAGCUCAGCCUCCCUAAGGGAAGUCUCUUCAUGCUCCUGGAGAACUCCAAACGCCACCUCAAUACGGAUGUUCUCAGAACCACCGACCUGGACAGCAACUCCACAGACCUGGUGUUCAAAGUUCUGGGGAACCAUAAUGCUGAAACAGGGUUUUUGGAGAAGCAGGACCACCCAGGGACAACCAUCACCACCUUCUCCCAACCUGACCUGGAGGAGGGGAAGGUCAGCUACUUGCACAUCGGAGGGCUGGUGAGGAACUCCCGGAUGGCAGUCAGAGUCAGUGAUGGAGACAAGGUGAGCAACAUAGUAGUACUCAGGAUUAUGGCUGUCCAGCUUGAGCACAAGGUGGCCAACAACACAGGGGUGGAGGUGAACCAGGGUGGGGCUGCCAUCAUCAGCAGCCAACACCUGGCUACGCAGGUCAAUGUUGUAAAGCAGGUCUUCGACAUCUGCUCUGACGUGGCGAGCUACAGCGGCUACACUCCAGCGGAGAGUGGAAGCCCACCUCCGUCUUCUCACAGAAGCUUCUGGAAAAAGAGUGCAUCAAGUACCUAGCUAUGUUGUUGAUCUGUGGUUGUGUGUAAUCAAUUGUUUUGACCACAAGCUGAAGGCAACAUUUAAAUUUUAUGAAAUAUUUUAACGGACAAUAAAUAUUUUAUUUUCUAUUCUAUUUAGUUACCUCAACACCUUCCAGAGGAUCAAGACGAGCAACGUCACAGAUCAGUUCAAAUGCAAGGUCAGCUUUGGCUCAGCAGCGACCGAUGUACUCGUCUUCCACAUCACGGUGCGGUGGAUCCACUUCAAAGUCACCAGGAGUUAGUUGGAGGUCAGCGGUGUGAGGAAAGUAGCAAUGAGAAGCUCUAUGUUGUAUCCAAAGGUGUCAUGCUUCACAAUGGUGAACUUCACUUCAGAAUGUUGUCCUUACCAAAAGAAGGGACAUCUUGUGUUCAACAACAAAGUCUUAAAGAAGACCUCAACAUUUAGCCAGAAGAAUAUAUCCGACCAUAUAGUGAAAUAUGAGGUUACAGGUAGACCUCGUAAGGACAAGAGGGAUUUCUUUGGUUUCCAAACAGGCACACUCAGGGAGUUACGACUUCAGGAUCAACAUCAAGGCAGAUGUUCAUAGCCUGAUAAUAACCAACAAAGGACUGUCCAUGCUGGAAGGAGAAAGCAAGGUUAUAACCAAGGAUAGGCUGUUUGCUAAAACUGUAGGGUCCAAAGCAGUACUUUACACCCUCACCAGCAGUGCUAAACAGGGGAAGCUAAAGAGGAUUAUUGUCCUAAUGAACGACACGGGCCACAAGCUGUACCAGUUUUGCCAGGAGGACAUGCACCAUCGCAGGGUGCUGUUCAUCCCCAGGGGAGUCAGUAUUAAGUGAAAUCAGUAACUUUUAUUACACGCACACACAGUUUCGAUUAUUGCUUUCUUACAGUUAUGAAUACUGAAGGCACUGAUUUCACUUCAUAGGUCAGCUCCGGAUGCUUCGUCCUGUUUGUGUCAGACGGGAAACAUUACACAUCCACACUGUUGGAGGUCAUUGCCCAGGACCCGUACAUCCAGGUGGAGAACAACACAGGCCUGCUGGUCCAGAAAGGCCAGACGGUCGUCUUGGGGUCAGCUAACCUCAGUGUUUUCCCCAACCUGGAUGGCCGAGAUGAUAAGGAGGUGGUAUAUGAGGUGUUCAUUCCACCGAGAACGGCAUCUGUUCCACAACGAUGUUAAGGUAAAAUAAUUAAAAUAGCACCAGCACUGUAUUGUUUGUAAUGUGUAUGUUGUGUUUUGUGAUGUUGUUCUGUGUAAGCCUAUGACAUCUCAAUAAAAGUUCAAUUCAAUUCAAAGGUGGACCGGUUCAGUUUAAUUGAAUUCAACUCAAUUUGAAGGUGGACCAUUUCAGCAGUGAGCGUUAAAGAAGUGCGUCUGGACGCCAGCAUUGGGGUGAGGGUGUACCUUGAGAGCCACCAGCAGCCCCCCACAGUACUCUACAUCCACAUCAUAGUGGUGGAGGAGGCCAAGCCUGUCAAGAUCAACAGAGGAGACCUGGAG